AUGCCUGCAAAGCUAAAGGAUACAGAAUCUGGAUGUUGGACUGUUCGGUGACAGAUGCCGCUGUGGGCCUGCCAGAAGCGGAUGUUUCUUUAAGUAUAUCAGGAGAAGAAGCGAUGGAGACAGAAGAAGGUGUCAGCAGUUCCAGCCAGGCUGGUGCCAGUACCGAAAGACAGAAUCCCAAACACAGGUCAGAGUAGACUUGUCCACCUUGAUCUGAAGGGUGCUCCUCCCAAACUCAGCUAUCUGGCUCAGGUCAUCCCCCUGUUUAAGAAGUUUGGUGCAACAGGACUGCUUGUUGAGUAUGAGGACACGUUUCCAUACAAUGGUGAGCUGAGAGAUCUGGCCGCUGCACAUGCCUACAGCCAGGAAGAGAUUCGACAGCUCCAGGAGUUAGCAAAGGAACAUGACAUGCUGUAUGUGCCACUGGUGCAAACCUUCGGCCACUUUGAGUUUGUGCUGAAACAUGACACAUUUCAACACCUGCGAGAGGUGGACAUGUACCCCAUGGCUCUCUGUCCCAGCAACACAGAGUCAUUAGAAGUAGUGAAGAAGAUGAUUGAUCAGCUGAUGGCAGCACACCCUGAUGUUAAAUACCUGCACAUAGGUGCUGAUGAGGUGUUCCACCUGGCCCUGUGUAAGACGUGUAAGUUGCGGAUGGCAGAGCAGAUGUGGACGGACCGCCAGCUGUUCCUGGACCACAUCAUGACGGUCCUGAGCUACAUCAAGGUCAUGUACCCCAAGGUCAAGGCCAUCAUGUGGGACGACAUGUUGAGGGAAACCAGCAUGGCUCAUCUGCAGGCCUAUGGAAUAGGUGAGAUGGUGGAGCCCAUGGUGUGGUGUUACCUGCCCAGGCUGUCUGGAACAUUCAUCACUGUUUCUUUUGAAGAACUGUGGAAGAAGUAUGCUGCUGUCUUCAAGUCAGCAUGGAUAGGGACAGCUUUUAAAGGUGCUACCGGUAGUUCCCAGUACAUUGUUCCCAUCAACUACCACAUACAGAACCACAUGGCGUGGCUGUCUCAGCUGGAAAACAUUCCCUCCAGUCUCACAGUGCAGGGCUGGGCACUCACGGGCUGGAGCAGAUAUGACCACUACGCCACACAUUGUGAGCUGCUGCCAGCUGCCAUACCCAGCCUUGCACUCUGUCUGCAGACAGUCGUACAUGGUGGCUUCACAGAGGACUGUGACUUCCACAGGAAGGUGUCCGAGGAGCUGGGCUUUUCCCAAACUCUCCAGGUCCAGAUUGUGCCCAAAAUUAAGACCAUAGCGAGGGAAGGCAGAUUCCCCGGUGGGAAGGUGUUCCAGGCUGUGCAUGUCCUGGUCAACCUGGAUGCUGACUACAUAGACUUCCUCAAUGGAGACAGGUACACAGGCUGGAUGACAGACUACCAUGUGAGGAGGAACUUCACCAACCCCUGUCACCUGGAGUUCAUCAUACAUGUGGCAUCCAGGCUCCAAGAAGAGUUCACCAAGCUUCACAGGGAGAUGGACAGUGCCCUGUCAGAGGUGUACGACCCGAGUACAGUGGAGGAGUGGCUGGAGGUUCACUUUAAGUCUCCCAUAGACAAGCUGAGCGAAAUCCUCGGAACCGCAAAGACGCAAAUCGAACGUUAUUCCAGCAAGAAGCAGAAUAGCAGCUAGUGUGUCCGUGGAGUCGUUUAGAUGUCAGAAUAUCAUGUGCUGCUUUUGUUGGGGUCAGAAUGGUGUGCAAUUAAACUGCUUCCACUGGCUAUGGUGUUGCUGCUUCCUGCCGAUUUGCAGACCUCCAGUCUGCAGUUUGUACUGUAUCCUCUGGUGUGUUAUGAAGCUAAAGCUGGAGUGUAAAACUGUGUAAUGCACAUGUACAGCUACAUGUAAAACAGGAAUGUUAGAUAGCUAAAGCAGGGGUGUGUUGAACAGCUAAAGCAGGGAUGUGUUGCACAGCUAAAGCAGGGGUGUGUUGCACAGCUAAAGCAGGGGUGUGUUGCACAGCUAAAGCAGGGAUGUGUUGCACAGCUAAAGCAGGUGUGUGUUGCACAGCUAAAGCAGGGGUGUGUUGGACAGCUAUAGCAGGGAUGUGUUGCACAGCUAAAGCAGGGGUGUGUCACACAGCUAAAGCAGGGGUGUGUCACACAGCUAAAGCAGGGGUGUGUUGCACAUCUAAAGCAGGGGUGUGUUGCACAAGCUAAAGCAGGGAUGUGUUGCACAGCUA